GCUGCGCGCUCCUCCCAGGAAACCGAGCGCGAGCGGUUCCCUUUUUUAAUGCGUAGGCAGACGGGGCGCGGCCGGGCGCCGCUCAAAGCCGGUCAGGGCGCCCGCGCCGGCAUGUGAGCGAGUGCCUGAGUGGGCAGUGGCGGUGCUAACCCCUGAGCCCCGCGCCCCCACGGAGAGGGUUCCGGAAGCUUCACCGGUGCAGCUCGGCUCGGCGCGCGCGCGCGCGGGCGGGCAGAUGGCGGACUCCACGGCCAUGACUGUCGACUUCCUCCGCGCGCGGCUUCUCUCCGAGCGGUCGGUAUCGCGCGCCGCGAAGGAGCGCGCGGACGAGCUCGCCAAGAGGGUCGCGGAGCUGGAGGAGCAGGUCCGGGCGGUGACGGCGCAGAGGCGGCAGGCGGAGCGGGCGGCCGCCGAGGUCGUCGCCAUCCUGGAGUCCCAGGGCUUCGGCGGCCACCUCUCGGACGACGUGGCCGACGACUCGGACUCUGACCAGGACGGCGAGCGCCAGGAGGACGACGCCAAGGGCCGGGGCGACACGCCGAGCGCCCCGGGGGAGGAGGAGCCGGUGGCGGUGAAGGGCGAGGCGGAGGACGCUCUUUCCGGGACGGCCCAGCCUGGCGGGCUGUCGUGGAAAGGCCGCAGCGUGAGCCCGCGCAAGGCCACGCAGCUCAAGCACAAGCACGGGCGGCGCUACUUCUACCUGCUCUCCUCCUCCGAUUCCUCGCCCAAGUACCGCAUGGGGCAGUCGUGCCGCAAGAACAAGAGGCGGAUUGAGCUGAUGAGCAAUGGCAGCAGGUCGGCGGCACCGGAAGAUAACGGCGGUAGAGCGGGGAGUCAGAAGCGGAGGCAGGAUGGGUCGGAUUGCACGGAGGAUGGCCAGGCGGACAUGGGCGGCGAGGUGGGUGGAGAUGAGCGGAGUUCAGGGGACGGAGGAGGCGGCCAGUACGUGAUCAGGUACGAGAAGGAUGGGGAGAUGGAGAGGGUGCUGGAGAGGCAGGCCGAGCUGAUCGGGCAGUACGAGGAAGAGGAGAAAGCUCAAUGGGAGUGGGAGAAACAGUACAACGAGAACAGGAAUGCAAACAAGGUUGAUGUCGAGGUCAAGAAUAAGGCAUAUCAAACAGAUGCAGAGGCUAAUUCAAGUAAAAACGACCUCCCCAUCACCAUCAACCCCUCAGCUGAAUGUCUGCCAAACGGUUCCCUUUCAGAAUCUCCCCAAAACGCAUCACAAGAGAACGGUGCCCAGCGGCGUGAAGCAAGGGACGAGCCUGACAACGGUCGUGCGCAAACACCUUCCGUUUCAGCACAAGAAAGCUCCACCACAAGCACAGUCACUAAGCAAGAUCAAGACCGCGGAGACCUGAUCUCAGACGGCGAUUCAGGCUACAAUGCGAACACUAAGCACUACGCCAUCAAAGCACCAUCAGAGGGGAGCCCCUCGAGUGACACCCUCAACAGCAAGGUCUCCGACUGGAGCUCGUCACAGUUCCACGACAACACAGACAGCCAAGCUGACACACACCCGUAUCGACCGGCGUCAACAAACAUUGAGGAUAUUGAGAGUGUCCUGCAAGCGCUUCAACGUGCCAGGAUCUCUCUAAGCGCCAAGCUGAGCAAGCCAGUUCCUCCCAACCAGGUGACCUUGGCGCUCCCUGCACCAGGCGAUGAGCACAAAGAAUACGACGACACGCAGACCAUCGACGACAGCAGCAAUUCGUUCAGGGAAGAGCUCGGUACCUCAAGUCCAGCUCGUCAGGAGAUACUGGCUCUCCCGGCACCAGAGGAUUACCAUGAAAGGGUGGGUUUGCUUGUCCAUGACACCGGCAUUUCUGUCGCAGAAAGACUGAGCAGCUCAAGCCCUCGGCGAGAGGAGAUUUUGGCGCUCCCCGCGCCCGGAGACGAUUGCCGCAGAGAGAUCGAGGAUUACAGGAAUAUCCCUGUCGGCGCCCCUGGUUUGUUCCGGCUGCCAACAGACUCAUUUCCGGUGGACGAGAAAAUGUUCUCGGCAAGCAUUAGUUUUGGAACACCUGUUGCUGUUCAUGGCGCUGCGAGAUCAGCUCCGUCGGUUCCCGGAGAUGGGUCAGGGAUUCCAGCAAAGCAGCGCUAUGAUCUUCAGGCUCCUGCGCUUCUCUCGGUGCCUACUCCUGGUAGGUGCAACGUUCCAACCCCAGAUUUUACAGUUGGGAGUGCUCCUUUCCUUCCUGGGAUUCCAGGGCUCGAACAAGAUCUGAGGAGAGCAGGGCCUCUUGGGAACGCAGAUUUGUUCAUGCAACGUGGUAUCGCUUACACCAUAUCUAAUAAGUGGAUGUUGUAAGUUGUAACCAUACAUGCAUAUGUCCUCUUGUUGACGUCUUCACAUGUUAGCAUUUGUGUGGCUGUAGUUUGGUUAAGUGGUAUAGAAGUGUGUUCUGCAGUAAUGUAGUGUAGUGUAGUAUAGCAUACCACAACGCUUCUUUUUACGAGCAGAGAAGCACUGAGGAUUGUAGUAGUGGACAUCUCUGCAAAGGUUGUGGAAAGGUACUUGAGGUCAGCGACGAUAAAUUUGCCCCCCA